GCCACCCCGGUCCGGUACGCUGCAACCCCGGCAACCCGCUAGCUGUUAGCAGCUGCCCAAAAUAACCAGAAAAAUAUCUGCCAGAAGCGGUCACCACCAGCAACGGGACUCUCUCUACCUCUGCAGGUUCAUGCUACGUGGAGACGAUGAGGAACGCUGUUGUGAUGUCACUGCUGCUGCUGAACAUACAGCACGUCAUAUCAGCACCCAAAGGCGUCACUGCCAGUCUUAAAGCCAAGUGGAACAUGACGCCUUUCCUCCUGGAGACAAGCGAGUUUAUUGGAGAAGAUGGAAAUGAGAAAUUCUGGCAGUUUGUUGACACUGUGAAAGAGCUGACUGUAUACAAGCAAGGAGAGUCUGUCCGCUCGUACUACAAUUUGAUCAUUAAGAAGGCGGGCCAGUUCCUCACAGAUCUUCAACUUAAUCUCCUCAAAUUUGCUCUGGCCUCGCGGUCCUACUCACCAGCUGUUCAUGCAUCCCAGCAGAUAGCCAGUGAUGAACCUCCACCUCAGGCUUGUCCUGCCUUUGUCUCCAUCCAUGGUCAACAUAGCUGCAGUACGAAGGACAUUAAGAAGCUCCUGAAGGCAGCUGCAGGCAGGCCAAAACCAUAUUUAUACAAGAAUGAUCACACAUAUCCAGGAGUCAAUAAAACAGACGUGCCAGUUGUGAUCCUUUAUGCUGAGAUUGGAACCAAGAAGUUUACGUCCUUUCAUAAGGUGCUGUCAGAGAAGGCUGAAGAGGGCACUCUCACAUAUGUACUGCGGCAUUUCGUAGCGAAUCCAAAGCCUCUAAAAAUGCUUUUAUCUGGGUAUGGUGUGGAGUUGGCUAUCAAAAGCACAGAAUACAAAGCUGUGGAUGACACCAAAGUAAAAGAUUCAAAGGCAGUCCCGAAUCCUGAGGAUGAUGAUAAUGAUGACGUCCAAGGAUUCUUUUUUGGGAAAUUAAAGAAAUCUCACCCUGAACUCCUGGAGCAACUCGUUGAGCUUCGUAAACAUCUCCAGGAGAGUACCAAUGACAUGGCCCCUCUCAAAGUGUGGGAACUGCAAGAUCUCAGCUUCCAAGCAGCUGCCAGAAUCUUGUCCGUGCCAAAGUUUGAUGCUUUGAAGCUCAUGCGAGACCUCAGUCAGAACUUUCCAAGCAAAGCCAGAUCACUGACAAGAGUGGCCGUAAAGCAGGAAAUGAGAAAAGAAAUUGAGGAGAACCAAAAGCAUCUCAGUGAGACAAUUGGUGUUCACCCAGGAGACGGGGAGCUCUUCAUCAACGGAUUGCACAUUGAUUUGGACAUUCACAACCCUUUCAGCAUUUUGGACAUCCUCAGAGGAGAGGCCAGGGUCUUGGAGGGUCUUCAUAACCUAGGCAUAAAAGGAGAACAUCAGGGCACGCUGCUGAGAUUACCUGUAAACCUCGUGGAUGACAGCUAUGCCCUAGAUAUUAGACAUCCAGCGAUCAUGUGGAUAAAUGACAUUGAGAAUGACCUGAUGUACCACAGCUGGCCAACAGGCGUACAGGAGCUCCUGAGAGCCACCUUUCCUGGAGUCAUUCGGCAGAUCCGACGCAAUUUCUUCAACCUGGUGCUGUUCCUUGAUCCAGUGCAGGAGGAAAGUGUUGAGCUGGUGAAACUAGCAGAGCUUUUCUACAAGCAUAAGAUCCCCCUGAGAAUUGGAUUUGUGUUUGUUGUCAACACCAAAGAUGAGAUUGAUGGCUUCUCAGAUGCGGGGGUUGCAUUUUACCGACUGCUGAAUUACAUUGCAGACGAGUACGAUGUAUCUCAGGCUCUGAUGUCCAUGGUCUCACUGUACAACAAAGUAGAUGUAGGGGAGACGCUGUCUGUUGAUACAAUCUCUGCUUACCUGAAGAGAAAAUUCCCUAAAGCCAAUGCUGAAAGGAUUCUAGGUGUAGAAUCCGAGUAUGAUGAUAAAAGAAAGGACGGCGCACUCUUCUACAAAAAGAGCGGCCUGGGUGCGCUACCUCUGGCUUUAUUUAAUGGAGUCCCUCUGAGCCCAGAUGAGAUGGAUCCAGAGGAGCUGGAGACCAUCAUCCUGCAGCACAUAAUGGACACCACCACCACCUUCCAGAGAGCUGUUUUUAUGGGUCAGUUGACUGAGGGGACAGAUGUGGUGGACUAUCUAAUGGAGCAGGCCAAUGUGGUUCCCAGGAUGAACCCUCUUAUUCUAAGCGCGGACCGAAAGUACCUCGAUUUCACUACCAAUCCAGUUGUAGAUGAUUGGGAAGACACAACAAUGUUUUCAUACUUGGACUCCAGAGACAAGACCGCUGUGAUGGCGAAGAGAAUGAAGUACUUUACAAAUAGCGAUGAGGAUGGGAUGAGUGCUGUGACCAUGUGGAUAGCAGGAGAUUUCGAGAGAGUCUCAGGAAGAAAACUGUUGCUCAGUGCUCUAAAACAUAUGAAGGCCAGCCCUGGAGUGCGUGUGGGGGUGAUAGAUAACCCCAGUGGAAAGCCCAGCGAAGAUAACACUGUGCUGUACAGGGCUAUCUGGGCCUCUCUCCUCACCCAGAAGAAUAAGGCUGCAGCAGAGUUUGUGCAAAAACUCCUGAAAGAGCAGAGCAGCCAGCUCCUCCAACAGGGGACCAAGAUGAAGGACUUACUGAUGCAGGGCAUGGACAAAGAUGCCUUUGAAAAAAAGUUCAACACAAUGGAAGUGGAUUUCAUCCACUCUCAUCGGCUCUUCUGUCAAGAUGUGCUGAAACUGAGUCCUGGACAGCGGGCAGUGAUCAGCAACGGUCGGAUCCUUGGUCCGUUUGAGGAGCAGGAAGAAUUCACUCUGGAGGAUUUCCACUUGCUGGAGAAGAUUACACUGAGCAGUUCUGCAGAGAAAGUCAAAGCCAAAGUUAAACAGAUGGGGAUGAAGCCAAAGCACGCCAGUGACUUAGUCAUGAAAGUUGAUGCCCUCCUAACUGCAGCCCCCAAAGGAGAGGUCAGGAGGGAUGUCCAUUUUAUCAAAGAUAACCACAGUAUACUCCAUCUCUCCCCGCGUGAGAACGAAGUGUUCUAUGAUGUGGUGGCCAUCGUUGAUCCCCUCACUAGGGAGGCGCAGAAGUUGUCCCCUCUGCUGAUUGUGCUCAGUCAAGUGGUCAAUGUGAGACUGCGGGUGUUUAUGAAUUGCAGGGCCAAGUUAUCUGAGAUGCCCCUCAAGAGCUUUUACCGCUUUGUCUUGGAGUCAGACGUGACUUUCUUGGCCAACGACACAGUGUCUCCAGGACCAGUUGCUCGCUUCAUGGAGCUCCCUGAAUCUCCACUUCUCACCCUUAAUAUGAUCACACCAGAGAGCUGGAUGGUGCAGGCUGUGCGCAGCCCACAUGACUUAGAUAACAUCCACCUGCAGGAGGUGAGCGGAGUUGUGGCAGCUGAGUAUGAGCUGGAGCACCUCUUGUUGGAGGGCCACUGCUUUGACCUGUCAACCGGCCAGCCUCCCCGUGGACUGCAGUUUACCCUCGGCAUGAGUCAGGACCCGCUCAUGUAUGACACUAUUGUCAUGGCUAACCUGGGAUAUUUCCAGCUGAAAGCCAAUCCCGGUGCCUGGACCCUGAGAUUACGUAAAGGAAGAUCAGAGGAUAUCUAUCAGAUCCUCACGCAUGAUGGAACCGAUUCCCCUGCAGAUGCUGGUGAUGUCGUAGUUGUGCUUAACAGCUUUCACAGUAAGAUCAUCAAAGUCAGGGUGCAGAAAAAGGCAGAGAAGAUCAACGAAGAUCUUUUAAGCGAAACUAGUGAAAGCAAAGGCUUGUGGGACUCCAUAGCAAGGAGAUCUUAUUCCUCCCCUGGAUACAGACUGCAAUAUUAUGCUGUAAGAUCUAGUCUUGCAAAAAAUAUGUGCUUCUGUAGCAUCACAGGUGGAGGCUCCAAGAAGGAUGAUGGAGAGAAGAAGAAAGAGGAUGUUCUGAACAUAUUUUCUGUGGCCUCAGGUCAUCUAUAUGAGCGCUUUCUGAGAAUAAUGAUGUUGUCCGUCCUUCGACAUACCAAAACUCCUGUCAAGUUCUGGUUUCUCAAGAAUUAUCUCUCUCCGUCAUUCAAGGAAACCAUUCCUCACAUGGCAGAGUCGUAUGGCUUUCAGUAUGAAUUAGUGCAGUACAAGUGGCCCCGUUGGCUCCACCAGCAGACCGAGAAGCAGCGCAUUAUCUGGGGAUACAAGAUCCUCUUCCUGGAUGUUCUGUUCCCCUUAGCUGUGGACAAGAUCAUCUUCGUCGACGCCGACCAGAUAGUUCGGGCCGAUCUGAAAGAGUUGAGGGAUUUAGACCUGGAGGGAGCUCCUUAUGGCUACACACCGUUUUGUGACAGUCGCAGAGAGAUGGAAGGCUAUCGCUUCUGGAAAACCGGCUACUGGGCGUCACAUCUAGGACACAGGAAAUACCACAUCAGCGCUCUGUAUGUAGUCGAUUUAAAGAAGUUCCGUAAGAUCGCAGCUGGGGACAGAUUACGAGGCCAGUACCAAGCCUUGAGCCAAGACCCCAACAGUCUGUCUAACCUGGACCAGGACCUUCCUAACAACAUGAUCCACCAGGUGGCCAUCAAGUCUCUUCCUCAAGAAUGGCUGUGGUGUGAGACGUGGUGUGACGACACCUCCAAACUCACAGCUAAGACUAUUGAUCUGUGCAACAACCCAAAGACCAAAGAGCCCAAGCUAACAGCAGCAGCAAGGAUUGUACCUGAAUGGGUUGAAUAUGACAACGAGAUCAAACAGUUACUGGGACAAAUCCAGGAACAGGAAGAAACAUCAACACAGAGACAGACUGCCUCUCCCUCACAGCAUAUAAAAGACAACCAGCGGGAUGAACUUUAGUGUCAGCCAGCACCACGCUGAAGAGGAAGAAGGCAGCACUUUUUUGCACGCAGGUCAACUGUGAAGUUUGAAGACAGAUGGUUCCAUCGAAACAUAGCUGUGGAGUGUUACAUCCCCACCCGGGGAAGAUAUUUUCAGAGUUGCCAUAUCUGCUUCUGCGGUCAAUACGUCUUAAAAAAAAUCAACCGGUGAUGUAAAGUGUUACCUUCCAACUGUGAACUCAUAGUGCACUACCAGCACUACAGUCGGAUCUUUAGUAUGUGGUUAUCGGAGUAUGAAGAGUAAAGAAGUGAGGUCAGUUGAAGUGCUCUUAAACACAUGUGUGUUUGAGAACAUAUUGUUGGCAUUGAUUGCACUGAUAAUGUAUGCAAUGAAUCAAAGUGGGAAAGCACAUCCCUAAA